CUUGAGAGUACGGUGAAAAUGCUUAGGUUUUGUUUAACGUUCGUACGACAUGGGGAGACACAGUACAACAGAGAAAAGCUGCUGCAAGGUCAAGGAGUGGACACUCCUCUGUCAGAAACGGGCAUGCAGCAGGGGGAAGCGGUUGGUCAAUACCUCAAAGACACCAAAUUCAGCAAAGUGUUUGUCAGUAACCUACAACGAGCUGUGCAGACAGCUGAAAUAAUUCUGAGGAACAACACCCACUGCUCUGGCAUGGAGAUGGUUUUGGAGCCUUUACUCAGAGAACGGGGUUUUGGGAUUGCCGAAGGCCGUCACAAAAGCGAUCUGAAGAACAUGGCCAACGCUGCUGGUCAGUCAUGUCGUGAUUACACACCGCCAGGAGGAGAAACUUUAGACCAGGUGAAGCUGAGAUUCAAAAAAUUCCUCAAAGUCCUUUUUGACCAAAUGCUGGAUGAGUACAGAUCAUCAGCACCGGAUGCCUCCUCAGUAGCACAAGCGCCCGUCCCUGCUGCCCCCGACAGCUCAGCCGACGAUGGCCUCCACGGAGUACCCGUUCACGUUUUGGUGGUGAGCCACGGAGCUUACAUCCGCGUGGUCGUCAGGCACCUUGUGGAGGAUUUGAUGUGUGAACUACCUGCAGGUGUGAAGAUGUCGCAUCUGUUUUCACCCUGCCCCAACACGGGAAUCAGCCGCUUUGUGCUCGGUCUGAGCUGGACCCAUUCAGGGCCGGUGCUCUCUGCUGCCCGCUGUGUUUUCACCAACAGGAAGGACCACCUGGAAAACCUUCCAGCUGCUGAAUAGACUGCUGUGUGUGUUUGAAGGAUAUUGAAACUGUCAUGAACAUGAA